AUGGAGCCUACAAGGACAGGACAGGAAGUCCAGACAGAGAAUGUGACAGUGGCUGAAGGUGGGGUGGCUGAAAUCACCUGCCGCCUACACCAAUACGAUGGCUCCAUCGUUGUCAUUCAGAACCCAGCCCGGCAGACCCUCUUCUUCAAUGGUACCCGGGCUCUGAAGGACGAACGUUUCCAGCUUGAGGAGUUCUCUCCGCGCAGGGUGCGGAUCCGCCUCUCCGAUGCCCGCCUGGAGGACGAGGGAGGCUACUUCUGCCAGCUCUACACGGAAGACACCCACCACCAGAUAGCCACGCUCACUGUUCUGGUGGCCCCAGAGAAUCCCGUGGUGGAGGUUCGGGAACAGGCGGUGGAAGGUGGCGAGGUGGAGCUCAGUUGCCUCGUUCCGCGGUCCCGCCCGGCCGCUGUCCUACGCUGGUACCGGGACCGCAAGGAGCUGAAAGGAGUGAGCAGCCAACAGGAAAAUGGCAAAGUCUGGAGAGUGAUGAGCACAGUACGGUUUCGAGUGGACCGCAAGGACGACGGUGGUAUCAUCAUAUGUGAGGCCCAGAAUCAGGCACUACCUUCUGGACACAGCAAACAGACGCAGUACGAGUUGGACGUACAGUACUCUCCCACCGCCCGGAUCCAUGCCUCCCAGGCUGUGGUGAGGGAGGGCGAUACGCUGGUGCUGACGUGUGCUGUGGCGGGGAACCCCAGGCCAAACCAGAUCCGCUGGAACCGCGGGAAUGAUUCUCUGCCAGAACGUGCGGAGGCUAUGGGGGAAACGCUCACUCUGCCUGGGCUGGUAUCAGCAGAUAAUGGCACCUACACAUGCGAAGCGUCGAACAAGCAUGGCCACGCGAGGGCGCUCUACGUGCUCGUGGUCUACGACCCUGGUGCGGUGGUAGAGGCUCAGACGUCGGUGCCCUAUGCCAUUGUGGGCGGCAUCCUGGCACUUCUGGUGUUUCUGAUCAUUUGUGUACUGGUGGGCAUGGUCUGGUGCUCAGUACGGCAGAAGGGCUCCUAUCUGACCCACGAAGCUAGUGGCUUGGAUGAACAGGGUGAAGCAAGAGAAGCCUUCCUCAAUGGCAGCGACGGACACAAGAGGAAAGAAGAAUUCUUCAUCUGACCCCACCUACACGCCAGGCUCGGGGCCCCCGCACUGCCAGCUGCAACGAACCAGCAAAGACAUUUGCCAGAGUCUGGGAUGGUGGGCUUCUCCCUCCACCACUAACACCUCAGACACUUGGGCAGGAUUGGGGGUGUUGGAUGCCUGGGUCUUUUCCAGGACCAAAAGUGAGGGCCCAAGAGGUCUGGGUCUCCUAGGGGGUAGGGGACCAAAGGUCCAGACCCCUCGCCACCAAGUCCAGGGAGGGCAGUAGGGAUUGGGUUGGGGGACGAGAACCAGGGAAAGACCACAGUUUCCACCCCCUCCCGCCUCCCGGAGGCUGCAGAACCAGGUCUUGUGGGGAGGGGUCAGAUUCUGGGAAGGGUGGGGUGGGCAGGGAAGGGGAACAAAGAUUUAUUUGGGGGUCUUGGACCCCAUGCCAGCCAUUGUGAGAGCUUCACAGAGCUCUGGGCACCUCUUUGCAAAGCCAUGUUUGCACGGUGGGGGGAGGGGCGGGGGGAGGGCGUGGAACAGGGAUUCUGUGUCUUUGUGUCAUAACUUCGAUGGGGGGCGGUGAGGGAGACAGGCCCAACCCUUUUCUCCAAUCCCUCUGCCCCAGGUCCCUGGGCUUCCCUGCCAUCCACCUCCUCCACCCCCCCCAUCUGUCCUACCCAUAUUUGUCUCUCUGUCUACCCACUCCUAAGGGGGCCUUCCCCAUCUCUCCUCCAGGCCUCCCAGGGAGGGGGAAAGGAGUUUGGGGGGGAGGCGCAUUGGUCUCUGGUUUUAUAUAUAAUAUAUUAAAAAAAAAAAUCAAAAAUCUGUAUGAAAAUAUCAGAUUGAGGCCCCCCCCUCCCCAUUCCUGGCUUUUGCCCUCUUUUUCUUGUUAAAAAAAAAAACACAACAAAAACACGUUUUAUACGGGAGGGGAACGGGGAGGGGGUUUGGCAAUUCCACUAACCACCAUUAAACCGAGGAGAGAAC